AAUGCCCCGGUGAAGAAGCUGAGGUCAACAUCUAAUUUGAAAUAUUAAAAGGGGAUACAAAACUAUUUCCGAAAUGCAGACAAUUAAGUGUGUUGUUGUUGGCGAUAGGGCUGUUGGUAAAACAUGUCUCCUGAUAUCCUAUACAACAAACAAAUUUCCAUCAGAAUAUGUACCAACUGUUUUCGACAACUAUGCAGUCACAGUUAUGAUUGGUAGAGAGCCAUGUACUCUUGGACUUUUUGAUACUGCAGGGCAGGAGGAUUAUAACAGACUACGACCACUGAGUUACCCACAAACAGAUGUUUUUCUGGUAUGUUUUUCAGUGGUUUCUCCAUCCUCAUUUGAAAAUGUGAAAGAAAAGUGGGUGCCUAAGAUAACUCACCACUGUCCAAAGACUCCUUUCUUGCUUGUUGGGACCCAAAUUGAUCUCAGAGAUGACCCCUCUACUAUAGAGAAACUUGCCAAGAGCAAACAGAAGCCUAUCACUGCAGAGACUGCUGAAAAGCUGGCCCGGGAUCUGAAGGUGGUCAAAUAUGUGGAGUGCUCUGCCCUCACACAGAAAGGCCUAAAGAAUGUAUUUGAUGAAGCAAUAUUGGUUGCCCUGGAGCCUCCAGAACCGAAGAAGAGCCACAGGUAUGCGCUGCUAUGAACGCCUCUCCAGAGCCCAUUCUGCACAGCUGGUGUUGUCCUCAUACUAAAAGCGAUGUUUAAAUCAAACUAAAGAUUAAAAAUUAAAAUUCGUUUCUGCAAUAAUGACAAACGCCCUGCACCUACCCACAUGCACUCAUGUGAGACAAGGCCCAAUGGUAUGCCCCCCUCCCAGUAAUAGUUAAUUUUGAAUAAUUGUGUAUUGUCUGAAAAGUGAUGAGUAUUAGUUUUUGUUUCCUUGUUUAAA